AUCCCUCGGACGAGAUGAUGAAGGUCGAGAUCCUCCAUCGCUACAAUGUCUCGCCGCCCGCGAACUCAGUCCCAGCCACCGCUCUCCCUCUCACCUUCCUCGACAUCCCAUUCUUUCACUGCUGCCCCAUGCAACGCCUCUUCUUGUACGACUUCCCUCAGUCCCCUCCCUCCUUCGCCCAGACCACCCUCCCGCUCCUCGUCCGCUCUCUCUCCCUCUGCCUCCGCCACUUCUUCCCCUUCGCCGCCAACCUCAUCCUCCCUCUGUCCCCGCCCGAGAAGCCCCACAUCCUCUACACCGAUGGCGACUCACUCUCCUUGAUCGUUGCCGAUUCCGCUGCCGACUUUGCCGACCUCGUCAGCGACGAGGUGCAUGACGCGACAUUGAUACACCCUCUGGUGCCUCAGCUCCCGCCGCCGCGUGAGUCUGACGGCGCACUCAUGUGGCCACUUAUGGCGAUUCAGGUGACUUUGUUCCCAAACAAGGGCAUUUGCAUUGGAGUCCAAUUCCUCCAUGUGGCGGCAGAUGGGAGGUCCUUCGCUCACUUCAUGAAAUCAUGGGCAUCCAUUUAUAGGUCUGGAGGAGACCCCAAUUGCAUUGAGUCAGAUGACUUGCGUCCUUUCCACAACCGAGGAGUGAUCAAGGACCCGAAUGAGCUCGAGCUCAUUUUCUUGAAUGACUGGUGGAGUUGUGUGGGCACCAGCCCCAGCCCGAGCCCGAGCCCGAGUCUAAGCACAUCUCCUCUGGCUGUUGGGGACAAGGUGAGAGCAACAUUUGUCUUUAAAGAGGCUCACAUCGAUGGGCUAAAAGGGCAAAUCUCGAGCCAACUCAAGAACGAUACCACCAACUUAGAGUCGGAUUCAAUCCACUUGUCAACAUUCGCGGUGACAUGCGCAUUCGUAUGGGUGUGCAUCAUCAGAUCAAAAGACAGAGACUGCCAGUGUCACAACCAAUCGUCAUCAGAGAGCGACAGAGACGAACUUCGUUAUUUCGUCUUUCUCGCAGAUUGUAGGGACCGGCUUGAAUACUCCAUACCUUCAACAUAUUUUGGGAAUUGUCUGAGUGCAUGCUUUCUCUCGGAGAAGAGAAGUACGCUCCUGGGCAAAAGUGGACUUCCGCUUGCCACAAGGGCUAUAGCAAGGAGAGUCAAGGAAAUAAGGAUGGGUGGGGCAUUGAGAGGGCUGGAGGGAUGGAUGAGGGGCUUUAAUAUAGCUGAUAGCACAGACUUAGUGACGGUGGCCGGGUCGCCAAGACACAAAGUGUACGACACGAACUUCGGGUGGGGGAGGCUGAGGAAGAACCACACGGUGCACAUCGAUCAAUCAGCGGCAAUCUCUCUAACAGAGAGUAGGGAUGGGGAUGGUGGUGUGGAGGUUGGGUUGGCAUUGACUAGGGUCUGUAUGGAGAAGUUCAUUUCUUUGUUUGAAGAGGGAUUGAAAUCGUUUAUGCCACUUUAAAAUACAUUGAUCCAUAUAGUGCCAUGUCAAUUUCAAUUUAGUCCUUAUAUAUUGGGCUCGACAACAUAGGUUUAUGUUGAUUUUAUUGAAAAAUGUAAGGACUUCCAACGACACUUUAAGCACAAA